CUUUUCAAAGACAGUUGGUUACUUAAACAACUUGAAGAUACAGUUAAAUUCACUAACUAUUACAUGAAAAUGUUGUUUAUUUGUGUAAUCAAAAUUUUAUUAGCCAGUUGAAUAUAUUUUGGUAUAAAUAAACAAUUUGACAAGAAGGAGUGAAUUAUUCUCUACAAUACCCUCACUUUAUUCAAUGCAUAGAUUAUUGUUUAUAUCCUGAAAAAAAUUAAUUAAUGACAAAAAAUAAUAAAUAAUUAUUUAUAAACAUUCAACAUUCAGAAAAAAAAUUUCAUCUAGUAGUAAAAUGCAAAUAUUUACAUUCUGCUUUAUAUCAUAUCUUAUAAUUGAAGUAGAAUGUACACAGGUAGGUAUAGAGAAUAUCUAGACGUUUGAUUUACUCAAGAAUCCUUUUAUCAAGUUGGUUAUCCUGCAACAGAAUUACAUUUAUAUUUCUCGAUCACAGUCUUGAUUUAUAUCUUAUUCUAAUAUCUUAAUAAAUAAACUGAUCAAUUAAAAAUAUAUUGAAUAUUAUUCUGUCUAAUAUCAUACGGGGUAAAGAUGACAAUUAUCAUUGAAAUGAUAUAUAAUCUUCAAAUUCUGAUAAGAUUACUACUGUUUGCAAUUGUCUUAUCAUCUUGUGUUUAUACAGAGUAUAUUGAAAAAUUUCCGAAAAAACCUUUAGACAGAAUUCAAUUUCCUCAUAAUUACUUAUCAAAAACUGCUUAUUUACCAAGUAGUUUAUCGUUUGCAUCAUCAUCAUCAUCAUCAUCAUCAUAUAAUACAGAAGUUGGUGUUAAGGCAGAAACACUUCAUCGUUUACCUUUCUCAUCUUCAUCAGCUUUACAAUCUUCACUUCAAAUAAAAAGUCCAAAAGUAGUAUCGAAUUUUUAUGAUAAAUUUUAUUAUGAUGAUGCAUCAGUUGUAUCAUCCUCCGGAUUCACUUCAUUAUCAUCAACAGUAUCAUCACCAUCAUCCUCAUCAUCUCGUCUAUUAUUACCUCGUCUUAAGGAACAUAAGAUUGGUAACAGGAACAUGAACCGCAAUAAUAGAAUAAAUGAACAAAUUCAAAGUUUACAUUUACAAAAUAAUGAACACAGACAUGAUGUGAACAAAAACCUGGUUCAACAGCCUAAACAUUUUCUAAGUUAUAUGAAGACAUAUAACAGUAAAGAAGUGGAUUCUAUGAAAUUCCCAAUACCAUCUUCAUCGUUCUCUUCAAAUAAACCAAAUUUUUCUGUGAUUACAAACACAUCUAAUCAAACAAUAUCAAACUAUCCACAAGAAACUGUGCAACAACUACAACGAGAAGAGCAACCAAUUCAUGAGACUGACUUUAUUACUCCAAUAUCAUUGCCGAAAAAAGUCAACAUAAGUGAAAGUAAAAAUGUAGAUAUGGAAUCUGAAAUUAAAGGACGUUGGUGGUUGGAUACAAUAGCUAAACUCUUACAUUCACAUCCCCUAACCUUGUCUGGAAAUUCAAGAACAUUACAGAACCCAAUUAUUGAAAUAUAUACUGACAGCGAUAAACCGUCUUCAACUACUAUGAACAGUAAUAUGUUACCAUGGAAUAAUAUUCCAGGAAUCAAUUAUCAAAAUGAGAGACAGAUACUUACAUACAUGAAUCGUGAAAUUCAUAACAACAAUUACGAUAAUAAUAAUAAUAAUCAAGAUUACCCAUCAGUAUACGGAUGGAAACGACAAGUUCCUGCGCGUAUGAUGCAUAGUACAGCAUGGAUAGAACAUCAUGUUCGACAACGGAUACAACGCUAUAAGCAAUGGCUUUCACCCAAACAAUGGAAACAAUUUUUAACACAUGAUACAGUUAACACCGCUGAUACAACUAUCAGUAGGAUAAAUUCACCAGCUAAAUUUAAUUUGGCCUUAUUUGAAGCUGCUGUAGUGGGUGUACGACGUGCUGUUGCUGAAUGUCGUUAUCAAUUCAGACAUGAAAGAUGGAAUUGUAGUCAAGUGCCUGAUGAUGAGACAGCAUUAUUUGGAAAUAUCCUUUUAAAAGGUAUCCCACAGACUGCAUUUGUAUAUUCAAUCAUCAAUGCUGGAAUAGUUCAAUCGGUUGCUGAAGCUUGCUUAAAUCAAAUUGAUAAUUGUCCGUGCAACAAUCGUGGUCGACAAGAACCUUAUUCUGAUUGGCAAUGGCAAGGAUGUGAUCAUAAUAUUCAUUAUGGAAGACGAUUUUCACGACGUUUAUUGGAUACAAUGGAACGUGGUUCACAUAUACGUUUUGAAAUGAAUUUACAUAAUAAUGGUGUUGGUAGACAAUUAGUUAUUAAGAAUAUGGAACGAUAUUGCCGAUGUCAUGGAACAAGUGGAUCAUGUACUCUGAGAACAUGUUAUCGAAGAACACCAAGAAUGAGAACACUUGGAAAUCUGUUGAAACACAUUUAUAUACACGAUUUAGUUCAAGUUAAACUAAAUUCUGAUAAAUUUCGAAGUAUUCGUAACUUGGAUAGAAUUACACAAGAUAAAUAUAUUUCUUUAUUCAACAAUGCUAAAUCAUCUUAUUUAGAUAAAGCAGUCAAGUUUACACCAUAUAAACAAACUUCAAAUAGAUAUCUGCCAUCAACACAAUUAUCAAUAAUAAACAACAAUAAUAAUUAUAAUAGAAAAUCGACUAGAAAAAUUGACAAUUUAACACAACCACAUUCAUCUCAACUUGUUUAUUAUGAAUCAAUUAAUCAAAUGCUAUUCUGUGAUUCUCAUCCAUUUUAUCAUAUAUUAGGCACUAAAGGUCGAUUAUGUAAUUCAUCAUUAAAUGGAUUGAAUAAUUGUCGUCAUUUAUGCUGUGGUCGUGGUUAUAUAACUCAUCAUUAUUAUACAAUGGAAUCAUGUAAUUGUAAGUUUAUAUGGUGUUGUCGAGUUGAAUGUCAACAGUGUUUAGUAUUAAAAAAAGUGGAAACAUGUAUUUAAAAAUUAAAAACAAAGCAAAACGGAAGUAUAACAAAUGAUUUAUUCCUUUAAAAAAAAAAAAAAAAAAAAAACUGUGACCGGGGAAACAGAUUAGUUUAUAUAACCUUAACUCGAACCAAUUAUAUAUCAAUUCAUAUUUCUGCAUAAAUUAAAUAAAUCAUUGUCAAUAUGGCUUAUUUUAUAAUCUUUUUUUUAAAAAUGGUUUAUAAUUUAUUUCUACCUCAAUUCAAAUAUAUAUGUUCAAUAUUCAAUUGUUUUUGUUUAAAACAAUAUAUCCAAUGUUACAAUAAUAUAUUUUGUAGAUUAUUCUUCAGUUUAUU